CUUGCAAAAUACGCCAGAAUCUCCUUUGAUUUUCCUGGAAAAAGUCAGUCUCCACAAAAGCCAACAUCUAGGACUUCUCAAAACUUCUUUCCUCCACGUGUUCCCUUGCAUGUCUCAGAUCUCUCUUCCUCCUCCACCUGUCCCUUCGCACAAUUACUCUUCUUUAAAGCUCCAUGUUCUGUUUUCUCUCUGUUUAUUUUCCCAUCUCUCUCUCUCUGCCUGAGCUUGAGGUCGUCUCAACAAUGGCGGAUCGUCACCCCAGCUCAGCCCAAACCCACAGAAACCCAUCUCGACCCAAUCAAGAAGCUUCCACAUUCCUACGUAGACUCCAUGAACGUGCACCCAAUUCCACCCAACUCGUCGGCAUCUUGACCUUCAUCAUCUCCGGCUCGAUUCUUCUCCUUCUCACUGGAUUGACGGUCACGGCGACCGUUCUGGGUCUGAUCCUUUUCAUGCCAUUGAUCCUAAUUUCGAGUCCGAUUUGGGUUCCGAUCGGCACCGUUCUCUUCCUCGUCACCGCUGGGUUGUUGACCAUGUGCGGGUUCGGAGUGGCCGUCGCUGCGGUAUUGUCAUGGACUUACAGGUACUUCAAGGGGAUGAACCCACCAGGUUCGGGUCGGGUCGAUUAUGCUCGGAGCCGGAUAUAUGACACGGCUAGUCAUGUGAAGGAUUAUGCGAAAGAGUAUGGUGGGUAUUUGCAGAGUAAAGUGAAGGACGCUGCUCCGGGUGCUUAGAAAACUGAAUUCUUUGCUCGGGUCGUUGGUUUGGUGGUUUCGGGUUGAGGUAUGGGUUUGGGUUUUUUUUUUUUUUUUUUUUUCAAACUCUGUCAUUUCUGGUAUUUUUGUGUUUUUGACUCCCAAAAAAAAAAAAAAAAAAAAAGGCCAAGGAUGAAAAUGAAAACAAAAAUCUGCUGGUAUGUAAAGCGAUUUGGAUCAAAUAGGUCUUAGUUUAUUUAUUUA